UGAUCUGGAGCAGCAGUCGGCUUCAGGGAACGGCUGAGGGUUGCGUUUGCUUGCUUUGCUUUUGCCCAGAAGAGGCAGCGACAGAGCCAGGCGAGCGAUGGAAGAUAAGCUUGCCUGCGGCUCAGCGAUUCUGACUUUCCGCUUUAGUCUUCAGAUCGCUCCUCGUUCUCCUCUGGUCGCUGUACCCUGGGUUGGAUUUAGUGGCCUCAAGGCUGGCUGAGUAGCUGGCUGCCCACUUGGCGCCCCACUUCAAUGUCUCAGUUGAAGAAUGUGGAAGCCAGGAUCCUCCAGUGUCUCCAGAACAAUUUCCUGGCCCGAUAUGUGUCCCUCCCAAACCACAACAAGAUUUGGACAGUGACUGUGAGCCCUGAGCUCAGGGACCGCACCCCCCUGGUGAUGGUGCACGGCUUCGGGGGCGGCGUGGGCCUCUGGAUCCUCAACAUGGAUUCACUGAGUGCCCGCCGCACUCUGCACACCUUCGACCUGCUUGGCUUCGGACGAAGCUCGAGGCCAGCAUUCCCGAGGGACCCAGAGGGGGCCGAGGAUGAGUUUGUGACCUCGAUAGAGACGUGGCGGGAGACCCUGGGGAUCCCCAGUAUGAUCCUCCUGGGGCACAGUUUGGGAGGAUUCUUGGCCACUUCUUACUCUAUCAAAUACCCUGAAAGAGUUAAACACCUCAUCCUGGUGGACCCAUGGGGCUUUCCCCUACGGCCGGCUGACCCCAGUGAGAUCCGUGCACCCCCAACUUGGUUAAAGGCUGUGGCCUCUGUCCUAGGGCGUUCCAAUCCACUGGCUGUUCUUCGAGUAGCUGGGCCCUGGGGGCCUGGCCUGGUGCAGAGAUUCCGACCAGACUUCAAGCGCAAGUUUGCAGACUUCUUUGAAGAUGACACCAUAUCAGAGUAUAUCUACCACUGCAACGCACAGAAUCCCAGGAGAUUGAGGGUGCUUCACACCACGUCUAUGCAGAUCAGCCACACAUCUUCAAUGCUGUGGUGGAAGAGAUCUGCGACUCCGUUGAUUGAGCUGCUCUCCCAAGAGGAAGAGGAGAAAGCCAGAGAGUCACUCUCUCCUCCCUGUCUGCUUACUCACCUGUCUGUCCUUUCCUCACCAACUAACAUAUGCCAGCCAGGCAGAGUCUUGGGCUGUCCCCAGGGCGGGACCAGAGUGAAGAAGAGCACUCCUGAUCCUGCACUAAGGGCUAGAGGCAGAAGCCACAAGAGGCCUUGAGCUCCCCACCCCGGGGAAGAAGAUAAAGGGUUGCAUAUUGCCACCCCAUUCUCUUCAGGCCCAGUGUUACCCAGAUGGUUGUUGUGAAGGGAUUGCACCAAGCCACGUUCCCUCCCUGUGCCAAGGGGAGGGUGGCCUCUCUUCCCCUGGGCACAGGAGACAAUCUCAGCAGCAUUUCCCAGCUCUGGAAUGUUUGUGGGGGUAGGUUCCACACAAGAACAUCUUCCUCCUCCAUCACACCCUGACUCCCGUCCCAUGACAGUUCUGUCCAGGGUCUGCUGGGACCAGUUCCCACUUAACUACCAAGAGCAGGUCCUGGGGCUCCCUUGACCUGGGGGGUCAUCUCCAAAGCCCUCAUUAAUGGAGGAAGAACAGGCCAGGGCAGCACAUGGCUGGCCCAUGGUGGUAUAGCUCUCUUCCAGGAGAGCUAAGGCUGAAACCCAGGCCUGCAGACUCCAUUUGCUAAGGUUUGAGGCAGGUGCCAUUGCCCUGGGGCUGGCCCUGGUCACUGGCCAAGGGUAAGCCCUCCCUGCCCCAUUGCACAGGGGUGCUUCUUUCCUGCCCUGUGUCUCAGCCCUGGCUGCCUAAGCUCGGGACACUCAAGUGCUUCCUUCUCUGCCUCUUCUUCCUCCCAACUGGGAGGCCUCUGGGCCUCCCUCUGUGCCUUGGGCCCUGAAGCCCCACCUGUAGUCCAGAGCAAAGGUGGCCCCUGGUGGAGAGAGAAGGGAAAGGCCCUUCUAUCCCAGAGCCGGAUCUGGAUUCUCCAUGCUCUCUGGUAUCCGCAGGGUUUCCCUACCUGCCCCCAGAGCUGAGGCCCACCGUGAGCCCCUGCCCAUGGUCUAGUGGGGAGCCUCAAGCCAGCAGUUCCCUGUCUUCGGCAGCCACAGGAUGGUUCUCACUGCCUGGCCCUCCAUCCCUGCCAUCUGUCCCCCUGGUCUCCAGCUCAUCCCGCCCCUGACCUACCUGUCACUCUUUCCCAGGGGCUGGUUCCAGAUGCUGUUCUGUGGUUCCAGGUGGUAGGCUGGGCCUGACCCCGGAAUCAGAGCAGCUCCUGCCUGCUCCUUCACUUUUGUAAAGCCAACCCUUUCACCAGAAUAGUAUUAACUCCUGGUGCUUUGUACUACUGGUCCAGCUGCCUUGGGCUCCUUUUCUAUAUUAAUAAAGAAAUGAGUAAAAACUG